AUGCCCGGUGUCAAGGCCUACACUCUCCGCGAAAAGUCCAAGGUCGAGCUCGAGAAGCAGCUCGACGAGCUGAAGCAGGAGCUCGCUUCGCUCAAAGCCCAGAAGGCCCGGGGUGCCUCGGCCUCCAACCUGAUCCGCUCGAACACCGUCCGCAAGUCGAUCGCCCGCGUUCUCACCGUCAUCAACCAGCAGCAGCGCGCCCAGCUCCGUCUCUUCUACUCCACCAAGAAGUACUCUCCUCUUGACCUCCGCGUUAAGAAGACCCGUGCUCUGCGGAGAGCUCUCACCCCCAAGCAGAAGAGCUUGGUCACCGAGAAGCAGAAGAAGAAGCUCACCGCUUUCCCCCAGCGAAAGUUCGCGUUGAAGGCUUAG